AUGAGCGACGAGACCAACAGCUCAGCCGGCGGCAACACCCUCUGGCUCACCUUCCUCGCAGCCUGGACCGAAGAAGCGCAGGCAAAGGGGUCCAAGGUGGCGCGCACCUAUCGAAAGGCGCAUCAAUCGCUGGCAGUAUGUCCGAUCGAGUUCCAGCAUCCAUGCCAGACGACUCAGCUUGCGGGCAUCGGCCCGACGAUCGCAAACAAGCUCGAGCAAGAGUUGCAGAAGUGGUGCCAAGACAACGGUCGCACUAUGCCGGAGCGACCCGUUCGUCAAGCGUCCUCCUCGAAGCAGACUAUUGAGAACACAGAUGCUGUCGGACCUGAACAGGAGUCGAGCGCUGCGGCCAAGAGGAAGCAGACAGGAGCAGCGGAACGUCCGACCAAAAAGAGAGCCUACGUGCCACAGCAUCGAUCCGGCGCCUACGGCCUGCUCGUCGGGCUAUUCAUCACAACGAGAGCCAGCAGCUCAACACGGCAGGAGAGGGUCUCGAAGACGCAGCUCAUCAACGCGGCGAAGCCCUAUUCAGACACUGAGUACGAAGUGGGAAGCUCAUCGUCUCGAUCCUCGGCUGCGGUUCCACUCUCGAGCCAGUAUGGCACGUCGGGAGGUGCGGGCGGCUCCCGGUCGUUCUACACAGGCUGGACGAGUAUCAAGACGCUCAUCGCCAAGGGAUACGUACUUCAAUCGGGGAAUCCGGCAAGGUACGCUCUCAGUGACGAAGGGUCGGCGAUAGCAGAGACUCUAGCCAGAGACGCAGGUGUAGAGCACUCUGCAGCAGUAACAACAGCUGAUGAUGCUGGAGAUUACGACGAUGAUGCGGAGCUCGCUGACGAGUGGUCAGACGGCGAACAGGAAGAGGCGCUGCAGGCGCGUGUAUCGACGUUCGAACCAGAGGUGCUUGCGGCGGGUAGCUACACGAUCCAUCUGGUCGUCGACAAUCGUGAGCGACAUCGAGCGGGAAGGCGUCAGGAGAAGGAGCCCAUCGCAACGCUGCUUCUCGAACGCGGCGUUGACACGGAGACGAGGGCGCUCGAGGUGGGCGAUGCAGUCUGGAUCGCACGUCGAAAGCAGCCAACGGGCCUGGAAGCCGACGAGGUGGUGCUGGAUCACAUCGUGGAGCGCAAGAGGCUCGACGAUCUCACCAGCUCGAUCCUGGACGGCAGAUGGAGGGAUCAAAAGUUUCGACUGUCGUCGUCUGGAUUGUCCAGGGUGCUCUACUUGAUCGAAGACUACGACGUGGAAAAUCAGAUGCGCAAGUUUGGACCGCAGAUCCAGACUGCGCUGAGCAGCUCGCAAGUGGUGGACGGCUUCUUUGUCGAGCGCACAUCUGGACUCACGGCGAGCAUCGACUAUCUGGCAUCGAUGGACGGCAUGGUACGCAAGAUCUACGAAGGUCAGGAUUUGUCGGUGAUACCCAGCGCCGUCAUCUCCCGCUCGAGCUUCUUGGAUACUCGGGAGGAGCUGCAGCGCAAAUCUCCCACGGCCUCGAUCCUGACAUCGUUCGAGGCGUUUCAGGCGCUCAACAGCAAGAGCGGUGGGCUGACGUCCAAGGAGAUCUUUGGCAAGAUGCUGCUGUGCAUCAAAGGGAUGAGCGCGGAAAAGGUGCGCGAGGUGCUCACCAUGUACAGCACGCUACGAGAGCUCACGGACGCGUACGAGGAGUUGGGCGAGGAUGCGAACGAGGUCGAGACGAUGCUGUCCACGCUUACAGAGAGUAUGGAUCAGCGGAAGAAGAUCGGACCCGCGCUGAGUCGCAAGGUGGCCGAAAUUGUGUUGACGCCUCGCUACGCAGCAGAGUGA